AUGGAAUACUUUCAACUCGUGAAUUAUUCAUUGAACUUAGAGACAUACAACCAGAAUGUAAACAGUGUACACAACCAUGAUUCAUUUGAACUCACUCAGAACUCAGGUAUUACCAAAUUGAAAACUAUAAGAAAACUGUAUAACGAUGUAUGCAAUACUUUUGGCCAGACUGACAUUGGAGUGUGGUCUGACUGCAUUCGUUUUGAAUACAUGUAUGGUUCUCAUAAAUUAGUGAAAGAAAUUUAUAAGGCAUCAUUGCUGUGUUUAGAACCAGAUUUAAGAAAUGGUAUGACGAAAGAGUUUGAAAAACUGAAGGAGGAAUUUAUGGAAGACGAUCCUAAAGAUGGAGGAGUUAUUGUUAUUGAUGAUGACGAAUAAUUUUAUA